UCCGACAGUCGCUGAAGGCAGCAUCAGCUCCAUCCAGGCGAGCAGCUGUAGUACAGUUGAGUCGAGAGGAGGGCCGACACUUCGACACCAGACACCAGACACUUGGUCGACGUCAGAAGUUAACAGUCGGUUCCUGCUACUCUGGACAGUCGACAUUUGGCCUCAAUAAACAACAACAGUAAUCAUGGCAGAAGCCCACCAGGCGGUGGCCUUCCAGUUCACCGUCACUCCGGAGGGCAUUGAUCUGCAGCUGUCCCACCAGGCCCUCACUGAGAUCUACCUCUCUGGUGUGCGCUCCUGGAAGAAGAAGAUCAUUAGACUCAAGAACAGUGUGAUAACAGGGGUAUAUCCUGCUAGUCCGUCCUCCUGGCUUUUUGUGGUCAUAGCAAUCCUGGCUACUAUGUACACUCGCUCCGACCCCUCCAUGGGACUCAUAGCCAAGAUACAGGAGCACCUGCCAGUCAGUCAGUCUAUGAGUACCCAGUGCCAGGCGUUGGUGUCAGCGGUGCUCUUCAGCACCAUGCUAUGGCUCUUGCUCAUCUUCACCAUGCGCCUGUGCCUCAAGCAGCUCCUCUCUUACCACCGCUGGAUGUUCGAGCAGCACGGCAAGAUGUCCAACACCACCAAAGUCUGGGUGGCGCUGGUGCGGAUCUUUUCUGGCAGAAAGCCUCUGCUCUACAGCUACCAGGGUUCGCUGCCAAACCUGCCUUUGCCUCCCAUCAAGGACACAGUCAAGAGGUAUCUGGAAUCAGUGCGUCCGCUGAUGGAUGAUACAGAGUAUGAACGCAUGAACAACCUGGCAGCAGAGUUUGAGAGCAGCCUUGGUAACCGCCUGCAGUGGUACCUCAAACUCAAAGCCCUCUGGGCCGCCAACUAUGUUAGUGACUGGUGGGAGGAAUAUGUCUAUCUACGUGGACGGAGCCCAUUAAUGGUCAACAGUAACUACUAUGGCAUGGACUUCUUGUAUGUGACACCCACACCCAUCCAGGCGGCCAGAGCAGGCAACAGCAUUUAUGCGUUCUUCCUAUACCGCCGCAAACUCAACAAAGAAGAGAUUAAACCUAGUCGUAUACCAGGCAUUGGUAUUCCUUUGUGUGCAGCUCAGUGUGAGAGGAUAUUCAACACCACACGCACUCCUGGAGAGGAGACCGACUCUGUGCAGCAUUGGCAGGACAGUGACUACAUAGCGGUAUACCACAGGGGUCGCUACUUUCGUCUUAGGGUGUACCAGGCAGGCAGACUCCUGUGCCCCAGGGAGAUUGAAUUCCAGAUUCAGAGGAUCCUCGAUGACCCUGCACCUCCUUCCAAAGGAGAAGCCAAUCUCGGUGCCCUGACCGCUGGAGAUAGAAUUCCAUGGGCUAAAGCCAGGACAAAGUAUUUCAGCAGUGGGGUCAAUAAACGCUCUCUGGACUGCAUUGAGAAAGCCGCCUUCUUUGUGACCUUAGACGAUGAUGAACAAGGCAUGAUGGGAGAUGACCCGGCAGCUAGUUUAGAUUGCUAUGCCAAAUCCUUGUUGCAUGGGAAAUGCUAUGACAGGUGGUUUGACAAGUCCUUCUCAGUUGUUUACUUCAAGAAUGGAAAGAACGGCAUAAAUGCAGAGCACUCGUGGGCUGAUGCACCAGUGUUAUCACACUUAUGGGAGUAUACCUUGGCCACCGACUGUUUCCAGCUCGGUUACAAUGCAGAGGGUCACUGCAAAGGAGAAGUGGAUUCAUCACUGCCACGACCACAGAAGCUGAACUGGGAAAUCCCUCCAGAAUGUGAGGAGCAGAUCUCCCAGUCUCUGGCGGUGGCGCAGGCCCUGGCUGACGAUGUUGACUUCCAUGUUUUUGCCUUCCGAGACUUUGGCAAAGGAAAGGUCAAGAGGUGUCGAGUCAGUCCAGAUGCCUUCAUUCAGAUAGCUCUUCAGUUGGCCUACUUCAGGAGCCGGAGGACGUUCUGUUUGACGUACGAAUCCUCCAUGACCCGUCUGUUCAGGGAGGGCAGGACUGAGACUGUUCGCUCCUGUAGCAAUGAGAGCAGUGCCUUUGUCCGAGCGCUGGAGGGUGGAGAGGCGGCAGAAGUGUGCAGGCGUUUGUUUCGUGCAGCUUCAGAAAAGCACCAGAAUCUAUACCGCAUGGCUAUGACUGGAGCUGGUAUCGACAGACACCUCUUUUGUCUCUACGUGGUGUCUAAAUACCUCGGAGUGGAGUCUCUUUUCUUGAAAGAGGUGCUGGCAGAGCCCUGGCGGCUGUCUACCAGUCAGACUCCAAUCCAGCAGAUGGAGCUGUUUGACAUGGUCAAUCACCCAGAGUACGUCUCCUGUGGAGGGGGCUUUGGACCGGUGGCUGACGAUGGUUACGGGGUGUCCUACAGCAUCCUGGGAGAGAACGUGAUUAACUUCCACAUCUCGUGCAAGCACUCAUGUCCAGACACUGAUGCCCAUAAGUUUGGUGCUCUGAUCAGAAAAGCGCUGCACGACCUGAUGCAGCUGCUUAGCCCCAACCACAAAGAGCCCAACAAAACAGAAGAGAGUCGGCCAGAGGUCAAGAAAGACCUAUAGGCAGUUACUCAGGGAAAAGGAUCCUGAAGGGAAUGUGUGAAGGCAGAAAUGUUACACCAUGCAGUGAGGGAAGUCUGAGGAGGGGGGGGGGGUUUCCUCAUGCAUUGGGGGAAUUUUAUAGCCAGCCAGAUGAUAUUCAAGAGACAGCUCUAUAGGGAAACUGAUAAAUGGAGGAGAUGUUUUUACUAAUUUGAAUCUAUAUUUGUGUUGUUUGUAUAUUAGCUGUGUGGUAGGUGUGUGAGAGGGAAAAGGGUCCAUAGAAAGACAAAUCAAGAAGUGUGAUUCAAGUACAGCACGGCUUAUUGUUUUAGUUUAGUUUUAAGAGUCAGACCAUUGGAAGAAAUAUAAUCAACCCUAAAUUACAAACGUUAUUAUUGUGUUAUGAUUUGAUUAUUAUAAAAAAAAAAAAGGCCAGUAGGAAUUGUACCACUCAAAGUUAGGAAUUUCUAUUCCAACUUUAACACUUCACCUUAUUGCAGGGAGUAAUUUAAUAUAAGUUCAGUAGUUGGAAGUGUGUGAUACACCCUGAGCCUCAGUGCAAUUAGCUUGGAGAGAAAACACGAAGGACUGUUGAGUGGAUUCCAGUUUCUACCAUCUGAAUGCAACAUUGCUGUAACAGUGACACCAGGUAUUUUAAAAUCUUGGAAGUCUGUGACUUCUCCGUGUUUACUCAUUAUCUAUACAUCUGCUUUCUAUAAAAACACGAUUGUAAUGCUGUGCUGAGCGUGUCAGUCUGUUUAUACAUGUAGUGAAAUGACGCGGCUCUAAUAAACUCAUAGGUUGGCAUUACUCUUUGACUAGUAUUAUAUUCAGUGCCAACUUUAUUUUACUUAUUUAAACUCAUUCAAACUGUACAUACAAAUAAUGUGGGUCAGUUUUCUUUCAGUGGUCAGUGAGCAAUUCAGACAUACCAAGUUAAAAGCUGUAACUCCAGUUAUUUCACUGCCAUCUAUAAAUCUGUUUCGUAUGUUUUAUUUUUUAUCUGUUAUUAAAUAAGCACCAUAACAAUGCAA